GUUGAUGUGUCAGCUCCGCGGGGGUUUGGGGGAGCCGCGGCGGGGGGAGCGCGGGGUCGGCCCUGUUUCCCACCGCUGUCCCUGCCCGUCGUCCGGCCUGUUGUGCUCCGUUAUGGAGAAGUUGGUUCCUGAGCUGGCGCUCCAGCGGCCUCGUUAGGGGUGCGGCCUGAGGCUCCGAGAAGUGGGAUGUAAAACGAAGAUCAGGAACAGAUUUGAAGAAAUGCAGAGUGAAUUAGUGCCUGUCACCAUGUCAGAGACAGAGCACGUAGCAUCCAUUUCCUCAGAUAAAGAUGCUGAGAAAACAUCUGAAUUAAAGGAAGACUCUUGCACCUCGUUUUCUGGUGAUGAAAGCAGCAGUUUAGGAAAUGAGUCCAAACUAUUGUCAUUAAACUUUGAUAAAGCUUUAUGUCAGCCUGCAGAACACAGUCAUCAGAUUGAAGCACAGGAAAAUUAUAUUCCAGGUCAUGGCGGAGGUGAGGCUUCUUAUCCUAAAACAGACAUAUGCCCAGAAAAUUCUGAACAAAUAGCUAAUUUUCCUGGUGAAGAUUCUUCAAAGCAAGUUUCCAAAGCAGAUGAAACAGAACAGACAGUAACACAAAUAUUGGAGGGAUUAAGAUCAUCUACAUUUUCAGAAGCAUCUAAUCAAAAGACUUAUUCAGACAACCCCUAUGAUACAGACUGCACCAAGAAACUUAUUUCAAAAAUAAAGAAUGCUUCAGCAUCAGAGGAUUUGUUGGAAGAAAUAGAAUCUGAGCUCUUAUCUGCAGAGUGCGUAAAACAACACCGAGCACCAAAUGGAAUGAAUAAGGGAGAACAUGCAUUAGUUAUGUUUGAAAAAUGUGUGCAAGAUAAGUAUUUGCAGCAGGAGCACACUAUAAAGAAGUUAAUUAAAGAAAAUAAGAAGCAUCAGGAACUCAUCUUAGAUAUUUGUUCAGAAAAAGACAAUUUAAGAGAAGAACUCAAAAAAAGAACAGAAACAGAAAAGCAGCAUAUGAAUACAAUUAAACAGUUAGAAUCAAGAAUAGACGAACUUAAUAAAGAAGUUAAAGCUUCCAAAGAUAAGCUAAUAGCUCAAGACAAUGCAGCUAAAAAUGCAAUUCAACAAUUACACAAAGAGAUGGCUCAUCGGAUGGAACAGGCCAAUAAGAAAUGUGAAGAGGCACGUCAGGAAAAAGAGGCAAUGGUAAUGAAGUAUGUAAGAGGUGAGAAGGAAUCUUUAGACCUGCGAAAGGAAAAGGAGAUACUUGAGAGAAAACUGAGAGAUGCAAAUAAGGAAUCUGAGAAAAACACCAACAAAAUGAAGCAGCUUUCUCAAGAAAAAGCACGCUUACACCAGCUGUACGAAACAAAGGAAGGUGAAACUACUAGACUCGUCAGAGAAAUAGACAAAUUAAAGGAAGAUAUCAACUCUCACAUCAUUAAAGUAAAAUGGGCACAAAACAAAUUGAAAGUAGAAAUGGAUUCACACAAGGAAACCAAAGAUAAACUCAAAGAAACAACAACAAAGUUAACCCAAGCAAAGGAAGAAGCAGAUCAGAUACGAAAAAAUUGUCAGGAUAUGAUAAAAACAUAUCAGGAGUCAGAAGAAAUUAAAUCAAAUGAGCUUGAUGCCAAGCUUAGAGUUACAAAAGGAGAACUUGAGAAACAAAUGCAAGAAAAAUCUGACCAGCUGGAGAUGCAUCAUGCCAAAAUAAAGGAACUGGAAGAUCUGAAAAGAACAUUUAAGGAGGGCAUGGAUGAACUACGAACGCUGAGAACAAAGGUGAAAUGUCUAGAAGAUGAACGAUUAAGAACAGAAGAUGAAUUAUCAAAAUAUAAGGAAAUUAUUAAUCGCCAAAAAGCUGAAAUUCAGAACUUACUGGACAAAGUGAAAAUUGCAGAUCAGAUACAAGAACAGCAUCAAAGAGGUAAACAAGAAAUUGAAAAUUUGAAGGAAGAAAUGGAAAGUCUUAAUUGUUUGAUUAAUGACCUACAAAAAGACAUCGAAGGCAGUAGGAAAAGAGAAUCUGAGCUACUCCUGUUUACAGAAAAGCUCACUAGUAAGAAUGCACAACUUCAAUCAGAAUCCAAUUCUUUGCAGUCACAGUUUGAUAAACUUUCCUGUAGUGAAAGUCAUUUACAAAGCCAAUGUGAACAAAUGAAACAGACAAAUAUUAAUUUGGAAAGUAAAUUGUUGAAAGAGGAAGAACUGCGAAAAGAGGAAGUCCAGACCCUGCGAGCUGAACUUACUUGUAGCCAAACAGAAGUUAAGGCUUUGACUACCCAGGUAGAAGAAUUAAAAGAUGAAUUAGUCACUCAAAGACGUAAACAUGCCUCCAGUGUCAAGGAUCUUACCAAACAACUCCAGCAAGCACGAAGAAAAUUAGAUCAGGUUGAGAAUGGAAGCUAUGAUAAAGAAGUCAGCAGCAUGGGAAGUCGUUCUAGUUCAUCAGGGUCCCUUAAUGCGCGAAGCAGUGCAGAAGAUCGAUCUCCAGAAAAUACUGGGUCAUCAGUAGCUGUAGAUAACUUUCCAGAAGUAGACAAGGCCAUGUUGAUCGAGAGGAUAGUAAGAUUGCAGAAAGCACAUGCCCGGAAAAAUGAAAAGAUAGAAUUUAUGGAGGACCACAUCAAACAGUUGGUGGAAGAAAUUAGGAAAAAGACAAAAAUAAUUCAAAGUUAUAUUUUACGGGAAGAAUCAGGCACACUUUCUUCAGAGGCAUCUGACUUUAACAAAGUCCAUUUAAGUAGACGAGGUGGCAUCAUGGCCUCAUUAUAUACCUCCCACCCUGCUGAUGGCGGACUGACUUUGGAACUCUCUUUGGAGAUCAACCGAAAGUUACAAGCUGUUCUGGAAGAUACAUUACUAAAAAAUAUUACUUUGAAGGAAAAUCUACAGACUCUUGGAACAGAAAUAGAACGUCUCAUUAAACACCAGCAUGAGCUAGAACAGAGGAUGAAGAAACCCUAACACAAAGCUCUGAUUCAGCAAACAAAAGCUGCACAGAAGCAGGUGCCCGGGCCCAGUACUUUUGGAAACUUUUCCUGCUUUCUGUGUCAGCCAGUAAAAAUUUAUUUUGCUUCGUCUGUAUAAAAAAGUAUCAUUUUACAACAGGAAUGUAUUGCUAGGUAUACUGCAAGAGUGUGAACAUUAAUGAAAUUUGGUUCCGUAUGGUGACAGCCUGUCAUUGGAUCAGAAUUUGUUCAUAGUCACAGAAAGUUCUGAACAUUACCACAGGGCUUCAGAAUGAACCCUUCACCAUAUUUCUUCCCUUUAAAAUAUACAAUGUCAAAACUGAUUCAGCUUUUUAAAUCAUGCAUGAAAAGACAGUGUUCAUGAUUUAGUAAUACACUAUUUCUCCAAUAUGAACAAAACUAAAGUAAUAAAAAUUUUUGUUUUGCAACUCCACCAUAACAUUUGUUUUUGUUUUAGGGAUGCCAAAGAGUAGUACUUAAAGCUUUUAAUUAUAGUUUGAAUGGAAGUUAAUAGGAAAGCUCACUCUUUGUGACUAGCAGUGGUCAGGCAGCGUAUGCCUCUGUCAGCUUUCCUUACCUGUGCUAGGGACAUUUUUUCAGAUUCAAGUCAAUGGUUGAGUUUUUUAAUCUUCAAUUAAAUAAAUAUGAUUUUAAAUAACUUGCUCAUUUAGAAAAUUCCUGUGUACUUUAGUUAUAUUUUAAAAUGUAGGAAAAGAAUUAGUUAUUUAGAACAGAGAAAUAAUCAAUUAUUUGAAACUGAAAUACUUUAAUUGGCAUUAAGUGUAAAGAUAAAUGUUAUGGUAUUUGUGAAGAAUCAGUUCCCAAGGAAAUCCAAUAUGGCUGUUAACCAUUUCAUCUGAACACAUUGUUUCCUAGUGACAUAAUUACUUGUUAUCGUAGAGUGAUCUUAUGUCCCUAAAUAUGAUGUGUUUCAGCAUAUUUAUUUAAAACUCACAAUAAUUACAUCUCUGUAACCAAAGGAAUUUUAGAGUCAAAUUUAUAUAUUUUGUUGCAUUUUUACAAUAUUUAUUUAAGAUGUGCACUUAAGUGUUGCCAGUCAUGUUAUCAGUAUUUCUAUGUCAUUUUCUUUCCAUCUCUUAAAAUUUCUUACCUUUGAUAAUUUCUAUGUGGUGUUUCACAUUUCCUUAUAUUUAUAUCAUUUUUAUAAUAGAAUACCAUCACCCACAUGCUGAUACUGUAGCAAAGCUCAUUUUGUUUUGAAUUUUUACAUCCUCUUUUCCUCCUCUUAAGAGAAAUAAACUUUGGGGUGAUGGAUCCAAAAGACUUUAAAAUUUGUAUGGCUCUAAAAAGUCUGACUUAUAGUGGUAGUAUAUAACAUUAAUGUGUGUUAUAUAACAUUUUUUUAAAUUGAUUUAGCAUUAUUUAAAAAGAUUAGUAAGGAUUAGAUUGCUCAGAUUCAGUGUGGUCUUACUGUGUCUGUUUAUUGAGUUAUCUGUUGUCUUCCAAAAACACUAUUUUCACUUUGUGAUGCCAAUAUUAAAGUUCAGAAAUGUUUAUUUUUAAAAUAGCUGUACAAAGUAUUAGUCUUACCAUAAUUUGUCUUGUUCUUUUUACCAAUAAUAAUUUAUCAAAAUAGAGUAAGAGAGGGUAAGUGCAAUCAAGUCUGAAUUAUUUCCUAGUUGUUUCUAUACUAUUGAGACUCCUAAAGACAACUAGAGUAGCCAACAUAACUAAAUUUUUAUGAUUUCUUAUGUGAUAUAGAUUCAUACACUACAAUAUUUUUUUCCCUAAGGUACAAAAAUUAAUGGAGACCAGAUAGUGAUCAGAUCCAUAGUGCCCCAUAUCUGUACCUGUGUGUGUGUGUUUGUGUAUGUGUAUAACAUACAAAACGAAACAUUCCAAUAUUAACUUUCAUUUGGAGUAGUUUAAUGGUAGAACCAUUUUAGAAGAGAGCUACUAUAAGCCAUAUUUUUGUUUAUUGUUACCUUUGUCUCCCAUAAAUGUGAGAAACUGGAAAACUUUUGAUGAAAAGGCUUCAUUUUCCUUUUGUUCUUCAGUAGCUUUUGUAUCCUUUUUGUGUAUGUGUUGGGACUAAGCAAAAUAAUGUGUAAAAAUAUGCAAACUUCAGAUCUCUGUAUUGAUUCACAACUCCUGUUAUAAGGAUUUAGAGGGUCUCCUGUUCUUACUGCGUUGAUAAAGAAAGAGAACAGGAUGUCUGGGGAAGGGAAAUAGUCUGCAUAAACUGGAGAUCUGAGGGAAAUUUUGCUGUUUAUGUUCAUUAUCACGUUUACAUUCAAAGGCUGUUGGUUAGUUAGCAAUAUUUUGGUUUCUUUGAAUAGGAAAUGAUUUUUCUGUGUGUAUAUUUGUGUAUGCACUAGGUUCUAAAUUUAAAGUGAAUACUUAAACUGUGACUCCACUUUCCCAUACCACUUCAAACUUUAGCCUUAGCCUAUUAAGUUUUAAGGAUUAAAGAUGGUGGGUUUGGGAAGAAAGGUGAAUUUGAACUUUUUAGCCUUUUUAUUUGCAUAACAUUAAAAGCUAUUUCUCUAGAAGCUUAAUUUUACCAGGCUACCAACAUACUACUUACUUGUCUGGUAAACACAUUAAUCGAAAACCUGUGAUUGCCACGGACCAUACAACAUUGUGAUUAUGUUGGUAAACAGACCAGACAGGGAGUUCCUGUCCUCACGGAGCUUAUAGUCUUGUGAAUAUACCAGGAGGCAGCGGGCCAGUCUGAACCUCUGUAUCCACUCCCUGCAGCUGGUCUGGGAAAAGGGGUAUGGCCUGGAACACACUCUCUGACGUGAAGCUUAGGGAAUGCGUUCUUGCCCAGGCCUGCUGAGAGCAGCUUGCUGUUUUCAUGAUGGCGCUGCACAUUUCCUGAUUUUUGUCACAGUUUAAUGUUCGAUUAUUCUUUAAUAAAAAGGAAAACAAUCCAAAGACCAUACAAUGACAUUGGAUUUUUGCCGUUGUAGUAAAUUAUCAAUGUGUAGUUAAUGCUCAUAAAAAUGAAUCUAAUCAUGUUGCCAGGCAUGUUUCUAAGCAUUGUUUUGCAGUAUAUUUUCUAGAGAUUUUUACAUGUAAAUUUUGACCAAGAUUUACUGGUAGAAGAAAAAAAAUAUGAGCCAUUUAUGUUAUAUACACCACCCUGGUGAAAAUAUUUUAUAAAUCAUGUUAUUCGGUGUGGUUAAUUUACUUAGUGAAUAUUAAACACAUCAGCCUAUUUUUCAAUAACUUUUUUUAAACAAAAACAACUCCCCCCACCUUUUUUUUGACACUAGGAUUAAUUUUUAACACCAGUUGGUGGCACUAGAAACCUGAAGUUUUUCACGGUUGAACGAGAGAAAUUAAUUGAAAAAGUAUCUAAAUGGAAACGAUCACCAGGAAAAUAAAUGAAAAAUGUAACUGUAUAGUAAAGAUGUAUUUUUCUUCUGAAAUGGAAUUCUUUUUUAAAAUACCUUUUACUGUCCAUUUUGAUUGCAAUGAUGAAGCUUGUUUAUCUUCCAAAGUUCGUGUGUAUAUGUGUAUGUGUGUGCAUCAUGCAAAUCUUUAAUUUGAUUACACUGUUUAUGUUGUAAAUAUGUUUCUGUAUAAAAUGAAGCUUUUAACAGAAUUCUAUGUAUAUAUUGUACUUAUUAAAUAGGUAAUGCCUGUUUACCAAGUUGUAUUUUAAUGGUGUCCUUGAUUAUUUUAUUAAUACAUACACCACUUGCCACACAGACUGAUUCUCUAGACUAUUAGGAAGGCGGACUCAAACUGCUUGAAUUUU